AUGAGUUCUUAAUUAGAAAAAAAAUUGUAUUACAAGAUUGCCUACGAAUAAAAUAAUGUAGUUGAAUUGUAACGAUAAAUUCGGCCUCAAAUACCAUAAAUUGUAAAUCAUGAGGAAGAUUUCUCUGGAUUUGAUGAGAAUAAUAUUCACAAAAAACUGUGGGAUGAAUAAAAGUUCGAAUAGAUACAUAUUCCCGAGGAUGAUAAAGUCACAAAUGCAGAUAUAUGUGAAUUAAUGUAUUAACUAUUACCUAAAACGCUUGGUGUAUUAGAAUUUUUUAAGUAAAGAGAAGAAGAUAUCAUAAAUACAAAAUUUUGGAAUCUCGUGAGCAAUUUCGAAUCCAUAUUGAAUGAAUCUUAAGAAUAACUAUAAUUAGAUGUAGCAAAUCUGUAAUAGGGAACAAUUAUAUAAGUAUAACCAUAAUAGAAAGAAUUAACAUUGUAAACACCUUAAGAAAAUACAUAAAAAUAGUAAUAAUAACAAUAAGAAAAUAAAUAAUCAGAAUAAGAUAAAUAAAAAUAGUUAGAACAAAUUUAUUAUGAACAAUUAUAAUAAAAUAAAUAAAAAUAAGGGAAAUUAACAUCUGCAGAAUAGUAAUAAAAGGAUGAAUUAACAUCGGGAUAAUAAUAAUAAUAAGAACUCACAUCUGGAUAAUAAUAAUAAUAAUAAUAAUAAUAAUAAUAAUAAUAAUAAUAAUAAUAAUAAUAAUAAUAAUAAGAGCUCACAUCUGGAGUUGAAUCAUUAAAUAAAAAUGAAAAAAAUUAGAACGAAGAAAUAUAUUUUUAUAAAUAGGGAACAUAAUAGAAUAAUAAUUGUCAAAUGAGUUCAAAAAAUGUUCCAACUUAAGAUGAAUUUGGAAAUCCUUCUACAUAAUGA